AUUUCAUUUUGUUUGAGGCUGGACAGAACUGAAAGCAAGCCAGACACCCAAGCAAAGGGCAUGAUGGCUAAGAAGCCUCCGAAACCUGCCCCUCGCAGGAUCUUCCAGGAAAGACUAAAGAUCACUGCUCUACCCCUGUACUUCGAAGGUUUUUUAUUAGUCAAACGGUCUGAUCACCAGGAGUACAAACACUAUUGGACAGAGUUGAGAGGAACCACACUUUUCUUUUAUACCGACAAAAAAAGUACAAUCUAUGUUAGCAAGUUAGACAUAAUAGACCUUGUAUGCCUUACUGACCAAAAUUCAACUGAAAAGAAUUGUGCAAAAUUCACUCUUGUUUUACCUAAAGAGGAAGUACAACUAAAGACAGAAAACACAGAAAGUGGGGAAGAAUGGAGGGGCUUCAUUCUUACAGUAACAGAGCUGUCAGUUCCUCAACAUGUGUCACUUCUACCUGGACAAGUGAUCAGACUGCAUGAAGUCUUAGAGAGAGAAAAGAAAAGAAGGCUCGACACAGACCAGCUGCCAGCUAUGCCUGCGGAGGAGAAGGAGAAGGAGCAGGGGCCAGUACAAGGUUAUGUGGAUGUGUUGAACCCGAUGCCAGCAUGUUUCUAUGCAGUUUCCCGGAAAGAAGCAACCGAGAUGCUGGAGAAGAACCCUUCUUUGGGAAAUAUGAUCCUGAGGCCUGGUAGCGACAGUAAAAACUACUCCAUCACCAUUCGGCAGGAGAUAGAAAUGCCAAGAAUCAAGCACUACAAAGUGAUGAGCACUGGAAAGAACUACACCAUUGAACUGGAAAAGCCUGUAACACUCCCAAACCUUUUCAGCGUCAUUGAUUAUUUUGUGAAGGAGACCCGAGGGAAUUUGAGACCAUUUAUACAUUCAACUGAUGACAACCUUGGUCAAGAGCCCAACAUAGAAGAGAGAAGUGAGAAGCCUAAGAAAAAUCCACACAAGGCAUGAAAACUGUUUUCAUGUAUCUUGGUAUUUAUUAUUUUCAAAAGGAAGACUUCCAUUUUUAAAGAAAACAAUCUCUAUUUCCCUGACCCUAGUUUUGAAAUCACUCAUUUGGGCACAGUAAUAAAAUGAUUUAGCACAUAAUUUCAUUGUUCCAACAGCAGGAAAAGCUUACUGUCUAUAGAGUAACUUGAUACAUGCAUUUCUUUGCUUGAAGUGGAAAAAAUUUACUUUCUAAAGCUGUUUUACUCUUCCUUGGCUUCAAUUAAAUAUAUUUCACAUACAUAAUUUCCAUUGAGGAUUAUAUAGUUCCCCUGAAUCCAACCAAUCUCCUAAACCCUAACUAAAUUUUUGGUAAAUUUAAUUGAUUGGACCAAUUAAUUAAAUGUAAAUUAUUUAAAUUACUUAGUUGGAUGUCACAGAUAUGAACUAGGAAAUGACCCUCUCUAGUGGAAAUGCUAUAUGCCACAUAUGUUCAUGAAACUAAGUGCAAUUCAUUUUUUCAGUUCUUUUUUGAUGGGUUUUACCAGUUCAAAACUAACCCAUAUGUCUUUAAAGAAUAAAAUGUACAUACACCACUGUUUCAAAUUUAAUGUUAUGCAUGUUAAUUAUGAUGAUUCAUUUCUUUAAAAAUAUGGAACCUCCAACCAGACUAGAUCUUGAGUCACAAUAUCAGUCAUUCUAUUUUUUUUUCUUUUAAAACAAAUUGAUUUUGAUGGUCACACAAUUUAGAAUGAAAUAUAAUUUAGAAAGAAAUGAUAUGGUUUAUAGUCUAUUCUUGGUUCUAAUUAUUUGGGUAUUUAACUUCUUUGCUUUUCAUACCUAAAAAGAAAAACCCACAAACAAAAUAAAAACACAAAUAGGCUAGAGUGGAUUAAGAGUCUCUUAGUUCCAACAUCUUAUAAAGAUGUUAAUGAGAGAAUAGGACUCAGAAGACUCUAUAAAACCAAGGGAGAAGAUGGCCAUUUAUGACAAAAAGGACCUCAGGGGGGAAAACAAAAUGAGAUAUUUUAAGACUUCCAGCCUCAAAACUGUGAGUAUGUAUAUACACAUACAUACAUAUAAGCCCUAUAUUUGUUAUGGAGCUUCAGUAAACUAAUUUAAUGAGCUAUUGUCUAAGCUUCCCUUCAAUUUGCUGAACUAGUACUACAGAGAGUUGGUCCACAAUUUUGCGUUUUUAGUAUAUGCCACAAGUAAUUGCUAUACAAAAUAAAGUUUGAGAUUAUAUUAACUUCUGUGUAGGAAUAUACGCAAAAUCAAGUAAGGCUGUCUUUUAAAUUGAGUUAGUGUUAAUGAGAAUUCUUAGAUCUGGGACAUAAAGUAUUAUUUAUAUAAACUUGAUAAUGAACACAUAAUAUUUCAGCUCAUGAGCCUUGUCGCUAACAAGAGACUUAUGAGUUUUAAUAUAACAUCUAAAAGUCUUAAGUGAAUUGUUACUCCAAGAAAAUACAGUGCUUAAAAUCUUUUAAGAGCUAAACUUGUAAAGCUGGUGAAACAACUUGGUUGGCGGUAAUGGACAGAGAAACAUCUAAGUCCAGGGCCUAAGAAGUCCUUCCUAGGAAGUCAGAAAUAAAUCAAGCUGGCCAAUAUGCUCGACAGAUGUUUCAACAGCAAAUAUGGAAACCAUGAGAUACUGAAAGAAUAAAUACUUUUAAAAGAUUUUUAUUUUUAUGUGAAUUGAUGUUCUGCCUGUAUGUAUGUCUGAGGGGCCAGAUCCCCUAGAACUAGAGUUAUGGAGAGUUAUGAGCUGCCAUGUGGGUGCUGGGAAUUUAACCCAGGGUCUCUGAAAGAGCAACCAGUGCUAUCAACCAUCUCUCUAUCCCAGAAUCAUUAUUUUCAAUGUGGCAAUAGAUAUUAAAAAGACCAAAGGAAGUCAUUUAGGUGCAUAAAAAUUAAAGUAUUGACUGUUGUCUUUAUAGCAUCAGACACUGUAGUAUAAAACAGAACUAAAGUAUUAUAAAAGAAAUGUGUAACGAAAUGCAAGUUGGAGAUAACAAAUUUGAUACCUAUAUAAUAAAGAACUCUAAAACUUACCAUUGGAUUUAGUAAGUUUUAUUUGGGAAGUUCAUGAAUUUGGCAUGUCAGCACAGCAAAGAAUGUCUGACACCCGAGGCUUUGACAGCCUCAAUUUUUCACAUAGGCUCCUCUGGGUUUCUUCACAAACUGGAUUUUCAUAGUGUGAGCUUUUCAGAGAAACAGUAUGCAACAGAAUGAGAGCAAGCCA